UGUGGGUGUUGCCCAACCGUGCCUCCGUUCUCUCCAUGUGGGAGAGCGGGCUGCGGUUUUUGUAGUGAAAAAGCAUUGAAUCUGUACGGGCGCAGCCGCGAUACAUUUUAAGAAAAGCCGUUUUCAACACGGCGAAGAGAGGUGGGAUUCUUACUUUCCGUAGCAUGCUUUUGGCAAACACAGCUUUGCGAGGAUGAGCGGGCGCGUUCUCAAUGGGAAAAUGCUGCAGCUGCCGGCUCAGCGCGUUGGAAGGACAAUGCACUUUCUUUCAAGCUGGGACGAGAGCAGCUCCAUCAGCAGCGGGCUGAGCGACGCCUCGGACAACCUGAGCUCGGAGGAGUUCAACGCCAGCUCCUCCCUCUGCUCCCUGCCCACCACGCCCGUCGGAUCCCGCUGCAACUCCGCCAUCGCGCUGCGCACGGACGCGGAGAAGCACUCCCUGGUGGAGAGCGGCCUGUCCUGGUACAGCGAGGAGGGGGGCAAGGCCCAGCGCAAGGCCCUGGGCGGGGCCUACGACACGGGCAGCCUGAAGACCGAGUCCGCCAGCAAGUGGAGGAAGUCCCGCCCCCAGGACGCCGGCGGCGAGGACGGGGGCGGCCGGGGGGAGCUGAGGAAGCCCCAGACGCUGGGUCACCCCAACGCCCUGAAAAAGAGCCGCAACCCACCCGUGGGGGUCACCUCGCCCAUUACCCACACCUCCCAGAGCGUGCUCAAAGUGGCAGCGCCAAAGAGUGAGCAGAAGGCCGUGGACAAAGCCAAGAUGGCGGUCAAGGGGACCGCGCUGCAGCGGUCGAGCUCGGACGCCGGGAAGGAACGCGGCGACCACCGCAAGCCCCCGUCGGGCCUGGUCCGCCCCUCGGCCGGCGGCUCCUUCGGCUACAAGAAGCCGCCCCCGGCGACCGGCACGGCGACGGUGCUGACCGCCGGCGGCACGGCCAUCUCCAGCGGCUCGGCGACGGUGGGCAAGACGCCCAGGUCCUCCGGCAUCCCGGUGAAGCCGGCCGGCGGGGGCGGGGGCGGGGCCGGCGGGGGUGGGAGGAAGACCAGCCUGGACGUGUCCGCCUGCGAGCAGGGCUUCCUCUCCCCCAACGCCCGCAACAACAUCCAGUACCGCAGCCUGCCCCGCCCCGCCAAGUCCAGCGCCAUGAGCCUGACCAGCCGGCCCGGCUCACGGCCCGUCAGCGGCGGCCUGGAGGGCAGCCUGCUCAGCCUGAAGCCCGUGCCCCCCUCCCCCGCCACCCCGGGCUCCGCCCCGGGCUCCCGGCUAAAGGAACCGGGCGGCGGUAAGCCCGGAGGCCGGGCCAGCGCCGGCCCGGUGAACCAGACGGACCGGGAGAAGGAGAAGGAGAAGGCCAAGGCCAAGGCCGUGGUGUCAGACUCGGAGGGCGGGCCCCUCAAGCCGGGCUCCGCCCUCUCCUCCCACACCCCCGGGGAGACCUGCCCCAAACAGCUGAGCCUGCGGCCGACCAGCGGGGGCAGGUUCUCCGAGCUGACCUCCCCCACCUCACACAGGGCGCAAAGCAAGUCUCUGGGCAAGCCUGCCAGCCUGAUGCACCUGGAUAAGGUGAACUCCAACAGCCUGGACUCCACCAUGAUGGGCAUAGAGAGUGAGCUUCCCCCCAAGGUGCCCCCCUACUCCAAGCUCCAGGCCCUGGCGGGCUCCGGGGGCCCCGCCCCCUGCCUGACGCCCAGCCCCGCCCCCGUCCUCAACGUCAACUCGGCCAGCUGCUUCCCGGAGGCGGGCCUGGCCCCCCCCCGGGGCUCGCCCCUGCUGUACCCCCGUCUGUCCGGCCUGCACCGCAGCAUGGAGUCCCUGCCCCUCCCCAUGAGCGUCCCGCCCGCGGGGGGGCGCCCCGCCGCCGAGCCCCGCGAGCGGGAUGAGGACAGGGCCCCCAGUGGGUGGAGCGCGAGCAGCAGGACCUCCCUCACUCUCCUGGACAGUUCACAAAGGGAUCGGAACACCCUGCCAAAGAAAGGAUUGAGUCGCUAUGGUUCCGCCCAAUCAGAGGAGGAGAGCAAAGAGAGGCGCCACUCCCACACCAUCGUGAGCCUGACCGAGUCGCAGACCCCCCCGAUGCUCCCGUCGCCCACCUCCUUCUCCCUCUCCUCCGCCGGCAGGGGCCCCCUCACCAACGUGGUGCCCCCCACCCCCAACGGCGCCCCCCCCAGAAUGACCCGGUCCAACAGCAUCCCCGCCCAGGACUCGGGCUUCGAGCUGUACGGCGCCUCCCCCCUGGGCAGCAGCCUGUCCCUGGCCGACCGGCCCAAGAGCAUGAUCCGCUCCGGGUCCUUCCGCGAACCCGGGGACGACGUUCACGGCUCGGUCCUCUCCCUGGCGUCGAGCGCUUCCUCUACCUAUUCCUCGGCUGAAGAGAGGAUACAGGGAGAGCAAAUCCGCAAGCUGAGGCGGGAGCUGGAGUCUUCGCAGGAGAAAGUGGCCAACCUGACCACCCAGCUCUCUGCCAACGCGAACCUGGUGGCCGCCUUCGAGCAGAGCCUGGCCCUCAUGACCACGCGGCUGCAGUCCCUGUCCGUCAGCGCCGAUCAGAAGGACAACGAGCUGGGGGACUUGCGUGAGACCAUCGAGCUCCUGAAGACCAAAAACACUGAGGCACAGGCCGUCAUCCACGGGGCCCUCAACAACCCCGACAUCGCCCCCAAAGAGCUGCGGAUAAAGAGACAGAACUCGUCAGAGAGCAUCUCCAGCCUCAACAGCAUCACCAGCCACUCCAGCGUGGGCAGCUGCAAGGACACCGACGCCAAGAAGAAGAAGAAGAAGAGCUGGUUGAGGAGCUCCUUCAACAAGGCCUUCAGCAUUAAGAAGGGGCCCAAGUCCGCCACCUCGUACUCCGACAUCGAGGAGAUCGCCACCCCCACCUCCUCGGCCCCCUCCUCCCCCAAACUGUCCCACGAGGGCGGGGACGACCCGCCGCUCUCCCUCGAGCCCUGCGCCUCCGCCUCCUCCUCUUCCUCCGCGAUCUUCGAGGGUUCCGAGGAGCAGGAGAACGAGGAGAACGAGGAGAAGAUGGUGUCGGACCUGCGCUCGGAACUCUGGGAGAAGGAGAUGAAGCUGACGGACAUCCGGCUGGAGGCUCUUAACUCCGCCCACCAGCUGGAGCAGCUGCGGGACGCUAUGAACAGCAUGCAGAUGACUGUAGAGAACCUGAAGGCGGAGAACGACCAGCUGAAGACGGGGACGGGUGGCAAACCCCCCAGCGGCCCCCCCACCUCCACCUCCCAACCGUCGGGCCUAACGUCCCUGCUGGGCUCGUCGCCACGGCAAUCCCUCAACAUGUCCCUCACCAAGUCCUUCAGCAUGAGCCUCAACGACAGCAACCAUCCUGACUUCUCCCCCGUGGAGGCGCUGAGCGCCCCCCUCGGCAGGGACGACGUGCUCCUGCGGGUGGUGGUGCGCCUGCCGGACCAGCGACUUUUCAAAGACGAGGUGAAGCAGCAGGACUACUUCAUCGGCACGGUGAAGAUCAACGGGAAGACGGACUGGGUCGCCCUGGAUACGGCCGUCAGCCAGGCCUUUCAGGACUAUAUCGUCAAGGUGGACCCGACCUCCAGCCUGGGCCUGUCUGUGGACUCCAUCUGCAGCUACAGCGUCAACCAGGGCAGGAGGGUGAUGGGCGGGGCCGGGCCGGAGACCACGCCCUCCUGGUGCCUGGGCAAGGGCCCCUGCUGCAUCACUGUGGCCCUUAAAGGGCUGAAGGAGAAGUGUGUGGACAACCUGGUGUUCGAGACGCUCGUCCCCAAGCCCAUGAUGCAACACUACAUCAGCCUGCUGCUGAAGCACCGGCGCCUCAUCCUGUCGGGCCCCAGCGGCACCGGGAAGACCUACCUCACCUCGCGGCUGGCCGAGUACCUGGUGGAGCGCAGCGGCCGCGAGCUCAGCGAUGGCAUCGCCGUCACCUACAACAUGCACCGCCAGUCCUGCAAGGACCUUCAGCUGUACCUGUCCAACCUGGCCAAUCAGAUUGACCGGGAGACCAGCACAGGAGACGUCCCAUUGGUUGUAGUCCUGGAUGACCUGAGUGACUCCUCCUCCAUCAGCGAGCUUGUCAACGGUGCCCUCACCUGCAAGUACCAUAAAUGUCCAUACAUCAUCGGAACGACCAACCAGCCGGUGAAGAUGACUCCCAACCAUGGCCUGCAUCUGAGCUUCAGGAUGGUGACGUUCUCCAAUAACGUGGAGCCGGCCAACGGGUUCCUGCUGCGGUACCUGCACCGGAAGCUGACGGAGUCGGAGACGGAGGGCGGCCCGCGCAGCGCGGAGGUCCUGCGGGUGCUGGACUGGGUGCCCGAGCUGUGGUACCACCUGCACACCUUCCUGGAGAAGCACAGCACCUCCGACUUCCUCAUCGGCCCCUGCUUCUUCCUGUCAUGCCCGGUCACGGUGGAGGAGUUCCGCUCCUGGUUCAUCGACCUGUGGAACCACUCCAUCAUCCCCUACCUGCAGGAGGGCGCCAAGGACGGCAUCAAGGUGCACGGUCAGAAGGCCGUUUGGGAGGAUCCGGUGGAGUGGGUGAGGGGCACGCUACCCUGGCCCUCUGCCCAGCAGGACCAGGCCAAACUCUUCCACCUGCCCCCUCCCAGCGUGGGCCCGGGCAGCACCGGCCAGCCCCCCGAGGAGAGGGUCGCCAAGGAGACCCCGCCAAGCUCCCUCGACUCCGACCCGCUGAUGGCCAUGCUACUGAAGUUACAGGAGGCAGCCAAUUACAUUGAAUCUCCAGACCGGGAAACGGUGGCAGACCCAAACCUCCAGUCCACACUUUGAACGUCACGAGGAAACUAAUGAAUGAACACUUGGGAUGGCUAGUGCUGUUAUUCCUUUACCCCUCACUGAGCCUUUAGGCUUCGCCAUUUGUCUUUUGUGUGGGUUUCGCAGAGACAAAAAAGAACUCUCAGACAUAGUCUGUCCUGUAUCUACUAGAGCUCCUCAGAUAUUCUACGACAAAAAGCAAAUACCCCAGGAUGUCAUCUAUAACUCUUAAAAAAACAGAAAACACCUGUUUGUACUGGCCUUUUUAAGUUUUAUUAAAUCUACAAAUGCAUGGCAAUCAUUACAGCAGAUUUCAAAUAGAAUUAUAACGAUUGUUAUGAGUUUCCAAUUAUUUUCUAUUUUGUUGUUUUUCUCAAAGAAAAUGUCACAAGGUCUUAUUUACUAAAAAAAAAAGACAAUAAACCCCUUGAUUGGGAGCUAUUACUGUUCCACUGUUGCCCUCCAUACCACUCAAGGAAACUGCUGCUGAUUGGAGAAACUGACAAGUAUUCUUAAACCUCAUUGGUCCUCACAGCUUGUGGUCAGAGACAGGCACACAGAAGCUGCGACAGCAGACACUUGCUUAUCACACAUCUCCAGGGUGCCCCAGUCAAAUGUGAUUUGAUAAAUGGUCAAGACCAGAUAAGCGGAAAAUUUACUGACCCAUAAAUAAACUAUACUGCUCCAAAUCAUAGUCUUUAAAGAGGUUUUCUAGUUUGGAUUAAUUAUUGCCAAUAAACAAUUUACAAUUUUAAACUGAUUUUUUUUGGCCUUGUAAUCUUUAUGCAAUUACAAGACCUAUCAUUGGAGAACUCCAAAGCACUUUCAAAUAAGUAUCCAGAUAGUAUUCCAUUUUUCAACAUUUGAGAAAGGUUCUGCCAGUAUUACUCUGGUGCCACAUUACAAUGACGUUACAUGUUCACUGGGUACCAUCUUUAAAAGCAUCGCAAUCACUUAAGAAAAAGACAAACUUUUUUCCUAACUGUUCAUGAAAUACGUUUUGAGAUUUUGAGAUGGGAUUCGUUUACAAGAUUUAAUUGUGCUAACCUGUGAAUCUGUGGACACGUGAUGCUUAUUUCAUUUCAGCUACUGAGAAUGGUUAGUGAAGUAACCAGCUAGACUGCUAUAGUAUUAGUUACUUCAAUGCUACACAGCUAGUGCUGCCUAUUUAGCUGAAAAAAAGUCAGUGCACUGGAUAAAAAAGCCACAGCAUAGUUCUUAUUAUUCUCUCUGAUUGUUAAAAUCUAACUAUAUGGGUCAGGUUUGUUUUUUUUAAUUGUUUUUUUAUAAACCCUAUUUAUUAACCCUUUGACCACCAGGUGUGAGACAGUGUGUGCCCUCUGUUUGAAAACAUUGUGAAGAUGUCUAUAGGACCCAGCUGUUCAGACUGUGGAGACCAGCCCUCCUACAGAUAUGCAAUUUUAAAUGACCACACAUUUAAACGAAUGGUGCUCAAACAAACGCCUUAAUUUAGAAAGUCGCUAUAUUAUUUCCUUGACCGCAGAUUUCCUCACUUUGCUAUCAAUAGAAAACUGUACUGUAUACAACUUAAUCGUUUUGUUUUUUUUAUCAGACCCUCUGUGAACACGGCCUUCCGCAGGUAGCAGAGUGAACUGGUCUUUUUGAGACUGGCCUCAAAAAGAAAUGGUGCUUGGACUUGCUUAUUUCUGUUUACCAUCUUACUUGAUACUAGCCAAAAUGCACUUUAUUUAGUUUCCAUUUUGUUGGUAGGUUUUUGUCAGCAAGUGUACCUUAGAGGAGAUUUGUGGAUUACGCUGUGUCUUGCAAAAAAUAAAAAAUAAAACGGAAAAAGCAAUUACAGGUGCAGUUCACCCGCCAAUCCUGCAGGGGCAGUGUUCACUAUUUCCUGUAGCUCUGCUUUCUUCUCUUGUGCUUUAAUUAUUAAAGUCCUCAUCAUUAAUGUAAAGUACUACCGUUCUGUUUCAACGCAAACUUUGCAACUUGCCAGAUUUAAUAGAUAUAUUUAUGAUUUUUAUUGUCUUAUUUUUUUACAUUCUCUCAUCAAAGUAUUUUGGAAAGGGAAUGCCACUUCAUCACUUUUCUAGGUUUUAUGGAUUGAUGAAUUUCAAAUGUUCUCAAGAUUUUUUUAAGGUUGUGUCAAAGCUACCCCAGCAUGCAUCAGGUUUCCCAUGACUGUAUAUUUGCUCCAAAAUAUGGAGCAAAGCUACAAUUAAGAGGAUGAUCAGGAAGUAGCCUACUUAAAACUGUAGAAGUUAGGCCACUUACGUGAUAAACAUUUUUGCUAGACAAUGAUCAUGGAAGAUUCAAAAAGGAUGCUGAAGGUUAUGGUGGUGAUUACCAAAACAAUCACAGUCAUUAUAUUCCUUGGAAUGUUUGUUUUUCCCUAUUGUCGGCUGAGUUGUUGAAUACUACACUGACUCGCCUUUAUACGUUGCCCUGUAGUCUGAGGUAAAAUUACCUCUUAAGGCCAAACACGGUGGUUUCGAUGUUUUCUUGCAUGGUGGCUAUUCGGUGUCAAGAUCGGUGAAUCUCUGUACUGUACCUGCGAAGGAUCAAUGCUUUUUAUAUAACUGUAUGCUAACUCGUUAGCCAUAGAGCGGUACUGCUAACUGCACGCUAGCUGACAUUACAGUUCUAUCUGGAAAAAAAAAAACUCAACCCCAUAUAACGUUCGAGGGAGCAAUUUGAAGUCACAGUGUAUAACUGUUAUCUUACUGCCUAGAAAAAAGGGCCAUCUUUGGUGCACUGGUUUAUUUGGCAAAGAUACCAGUAAUAAUGCUUUAUGUUAAGCAUUAAUUGCGUUUUACCUUCACAUACAAAAAAUGUUUUCCUCCCAACACGCUUAUUUAGAAUGUCCGUUUGAAGAGCGUGUACACAUUAAAACCAGUUUUCAAAACUAUAUUUUGUUCCAGUGAGCGGUAUCUAACAUCUACUACAUACUGAGAACCAAUGUGUUGAUUUAACAGAAUAUUUUAUGUUGAUUUAUACGCUGUAUUUGGUAGCAAAAUGACCAAAAUCCCUCUUGCUACAGCAGUCCCUGAAUCACUAAGUGACAUUCUGACAGCAGUACUUAAUGUCAGCAUAAGAUAGUAAACCUAUUGCAGUACCUGCUCAUCCCUGAUUUGUAAUACAUUCACUGCGUGUGACUCUUAAUGCAGUUCAUACCACAGCAGCUUCUUGACCUUAGGGAUCGAAGCGUACAGUUACAACGCAAGUUGGCUGCAGUUUAAUGAUGUAAUAAGAAAGUCUGUUAGGUUGAAUGUGCAAUAAGACUGGUUUCUCGGUAAAAACCAGGGGAUGCUCCCUUAUUGUCCUCACUGGACAGAAGGUCUUUCUGUGUUUCUGCGAUGGGGAUACUCAAAUCUGGCCCUCAAGGCCAGUAGCGCUGCUGGUUUUCAUUCUUCCCCUCUAAUCAGGAAGUAAUUUAAACCUGACGCACCUGGUGAGUGUAAUCUAUGGCCAUUCUGACAUUAUUGGACUAUGGAAUAUCAGGUAGAAGAGGAGUCCGGUCAACACCACUGACCUUGGGGGCCAUAUUUGAGUAUCCCUGUCCUAUAGCCACAUCAGAGGGACGCAGUGAAUAAACGUUACCACUAGAGGGCGAGCGUGACUCACAAGCCAACGUCUGCAGUCCGUGAUCGCAAGUGUUUAGCAUGGGCUUCUGAGAGCUUGUUGGUUGGUGAAUUACAAAGGCAGGCAAGCACCUAAAUAAACAUUAAGAUGCAGAGACAAACAUUUGUAGUCGUGGACCAGAACGUUCCCAUUACGAAUAAAGUAGAGAUGAAUGAUUUCCAUAGCUGUGAAUUUGACAAAGCAUACACAUCUUUGUACCCUGAGGAGGAAGGUGGUUUGGGUGAUAGGUUACAAUAAGAACAAGCUUGUCUUGGCUCGGAAUUCCCUUCUCUCAGAUAAUGCUUGUAAACUUAUUUUUGAUUUUUUAUAUAAUCCUUAAGAGGUGUCCUCUGACACAGUGUAAUGGAAAAUGUUUUCUAUGUGUGUUUUUAGGACGUUAUGCCAAUACAUGCUAACAUCACAGUAAUCUGUAGAUAUGAAUGUCAGCACUACUAAUAGAUAGCAAACCAGGUAGGAAACCAAAUCCAGUGAGUCUGGUCCUAAAUUGCAAUUUCCUUUUAGCAAAGCCAGUGAAGUCAUCCUCUUCAUUCACCAUUGUGUUUUGAGUCCUAGAAUUUCCUGCAAAAACAUUCUCUGUAGAUCACCCCAAGCUAAUGAGAAUUUUUACCUGUUGUAGCUUACUGCCACUACCAGAAAUAGAAUUAGUCGUGAGAAUUAUGCUUUUUUUUCAAAAUUGAAUUUUGUAUGACUUUGGAUUUUUGUGUAUUGCUUUUUUUAAUCAAAAUGUUUAAAAGAUUAUUUUGCUGAAAUUUGCUUAAAAAGACAGGGAACAAAACUGGCUUUUGUGAUGGCUUGCUCGGGAUGCCCUUUAUAAUAGUUAUGGUGGCUGUAGUUUCAGCUGAGACUGACUCUUCUCUGCAUUGCUUUGUGUUCAGUCAUGAAAGUUAUGCAGGAAGAAAAACAAGUGCAGUUUUGGGCAAGAAUAAACAUUAGCCCUGGAAAAGUGGAAAAUAAAAAAGAUUUAAAAACUGGACAUUUAAAUUAAGAAUAUCAAAGGUGCAGGAAUCACGUUUUCCCUGCAGCAAAAUGGCACAUUUCUAAAAUUAUGUAACAAUGUAAUUCAACCCUCCAGAGUCCCACUUAUCUGACGCAAAAGAAUUAGCCUGUUUCACGGUGAGCUGCCUAAACUUAUACCUAAAAUGGUGACUGUAAAGGUUUGUCUGUGUGGGGGGGGGGGAUUUAAGAAUAACUGCUGAUGAUGUGACAGAGGUCCAUUGUGUCCCAGAGCGGGCUGGUGUUGAAAGCCGGUUUUGCUCUGUCUCUUGCCGUGUGGCUUUCCCUGUGUAAAAUCCUGCUGGCUGUUGUGCCUGUUUCUGUGUGGGUUUACGUGUCCUGCUGCAGAUGCUAGCCUAGGUUUGAGAGACUAUGCAGCAACUUCUACUGGCUUUGGCAAAAAAAAAAAAAAAAAAAAACAAUCAUGUAAAAACGACUAAAAUUUCAGCACCAAAUUAGAGCAAAUUCAUGGGAAGCCAUUUUGUAUUCAGGCAUCGCUUCUGCUGAACGGGAGACCCUCUUAAUCCAUGGUCUUAGUGGUGAAGUUUUUCCCCUUGAGGAAGAGGAAGUGGUGAUAGAGAAGGAUGACAGGGUCACGCCUUAAUAUAAAUGUACAUGUGUUAAAGGUUUUAGUGUGUCAGAUUCAGACCAAAAUGUCUUGGGCACUGUGGCCUUACUUCACCAUAUUUGAACACUGUUUUCAGCAUCUGCUCAAAAUGUCCUCCAAUGCUGCUGUUCUCCUGCUUGUUUGAAUGGGUUUUUUCUGGACAAGCCAAAGAUCCCGGGCCUUCACGUAUGGCAGUGCCAUAGAGCUGAGGUGUGAAACUGAAUCCCAAGGGGGGCACAGUGUCUGUGGGCUUUAGUGGUUUCCUUUCAAUCAGCUGCCAAUUAAGGCCUUGAGAACAAGGUGUUUGGAUUCUUAAGCCAAUCAGUGAUUGAAUGAACCACUGGCACUGACACGCCCAGAAAACCAGCAGACACUGUGGCCCUCCAGGACUGCAGUUGGACACCACUGUCUUUGAGGCAUCUAUCAACAGGGUUUUUCAGAUUUAGAAGAGGGUGGUUUUGACUGGUGAAGCAUUUUUAAUUUUAAUUUUUUUUUUUUGUUUGUUUGUUUUGCAGCUGUAGCAGAUUCUCUAUAUUCUCAUAGUGUAUAUUAACCAAAAAAUGAACUGUGGACCCACCAAUUGGAAAAGGCGCUUUCCUUUUGGCACUCAGCUCCAUGGCUCUCCAUUACCAAUGGAAACCGAAAGCACCGGAAAUGGUGUUGCCUUCUGGUUCAUCCGGUAGCAAGGGUCCAACAGUGGCACUUAUUCUCAGAUAUUUAGAGAUGAAAUGCGUUCUAACUGUCUGAAGCCUUUACAGGUUGCUGAAUAGUCACACUUAAGUCUUAAUUGUGCAAAGCUUGCUAUCGAUAAAAAAAAAAAAAAGAAAAAAUACAGUGUAAUGAUGGUAUGUAAUGUAACUGACGUGCAAAUGUGAUGGGACUCUCAAUGUUAAUGCAUGUCGCGUUUGGUGUGUUUGCAUUGCAAAGCCUUUUUUUUUAAUGGGACCUACCAGUAUUUUUGAGGAAUUUUUUAACAACUAUACGUUUCUUUUUUCUCUCCUUUUUCUUUUAAUAAGGAACCGAUCAUUCUUUUUCCUAAGCAAUCCUUUGUAAAACAUAUUUUGUACAGGACAUCACAAUUGUAAACAGUGUAAAUAAUUAACGCGUCCGCGACAACAAUCAUUAAGAAAAAAAAAAAAAAAAAAACAUUUAAGAAAACAAAAAAAUAUGUCCGGGGGCGUGGUGGGGGAAGUGUUUGGCUGGGUGGCCUUUUUUAUAUGACUUCAGUGCCGGGGAGCCCUGUUCAGGAAUAAAGGGUACCUGAAGGCAUGAUUUCUUUUCUAACUACAACAAAGUCAUCUGUCUAACCUUGUUCACUUGUUCCAAUAAAGUCAUGCCAUACGGUGAA